GUCAGUACCGUAUUAUUUUUUUUUACAUCUAACACAGCUCUUUAAAUGCUGCAUAAUAUUAUUUACAUACGAAUUUAUUUAAAUUAAUUUUAAAAUGUUGUGAAUACGGAUACGGCAACUCAACUCACACCAAUGGAAGAUAAUGGGAAAAAUGUGAUUAAUUGAAAAAAACGGGAGACAUCGGCAUGUUGCCGGCGGAUGCAAGUUUAAUUUUGUCAAGAGCAAGCAAGAACAAGAACAACAACUGGGUCAACAGGCAACGCGAGGAAACAAGUCACAUCUACGGCAGGCGCAAACAACAGUUACCAAAGUUGUGCUUAAGCAGAAAACUUGAAAUCGUCCAGAAUCGUGGAUGUUGGAGCUAAGGCAAUAGAGAAAGGUCAAAAAACAAAUAUCAACGCGCGAACCAAGUGAAAUACAGAAAGACUUUAUAAAUGAUGCUCGUCCCGUCAAAGACCAAGUCAAAUGGAAGACUAGCUCUUACUGUCACUUGGAAGUCAUUGCCAGCAGGAACGGGAACAGGAAGCCCCCGCAAAGAAUCGGGCUGCCAAAAAAAAGAGCUGAUGUCCAAGCGUUCCAGUCUCAAGGAGCCCAUGUCACUGGAUGGCGCACCCGUCGCUCCAUCGCCCAGUUUGGCGUUCUGCUGCAUUAAGUGCCAGCGAUCAGCUGUUGCUGUUGACAAGUUUGUGGAUAAUGUUGAGCAUGAGAAUGAUAAAUGGGCCAUGGGUAAUAGCAGAAAAGUUGUCACUCGGAUGAUGACCACUGACAACCAUAUACCAAAAGCUCGACCCCAAAAUCGAAAUCAACCAACGACCGCAUUCUUAAAGCCAGCGAUGCAUCGAAAGUCCAAAAGUAAAAGCAGGAGCAAUACGGCAACGUUUGGCAUUGGAGUCAUGUCUCAUGUCAACCCAACAACAACAACAACAAUAACUUGUGUUGGCCCACAUGUUGAUAGAACGCAGCUUAAUCCCCACUCGCAUCCCCGGUCCCAGGCCCGGCCGGGGUCAUCGCUUAAAAAAUCCAGAUUGAUCGCAGCUGAACAAAAGAAUACGGAAUGCAGUACGAGAAUAAACAUAAGCAAUAAAAAUAAAGCUCAUUCAGCGCGAUGUAAAUUGGUAGUUCCGUUGCCAUCUUUGCGGGCCACAUCCUUCGUCACGCUUCUCACGAUCAUCUGCAUAGAGACGGUGCUUCUAUCAACUAUGUCAAGCUGUGCUAAGACAUUCUACAUGCAUUGGAACACAUCGAACAGCAUAUUUCGGAUUGAUAACACCGAUCAUAUUAUUGACGUGAAUAAGGGCAAUCUGGCAUUCGAAUUCGACCAGGUGCACAUUAUAUGUCCAGUUUAUGAGCCCGGCGCAUUCGAGAACGAAACGGAGAAGUACAUAAUAUACAACGUGUCUAAAGUGGAGUACGAAACAUGUCGCAUAACGAACGCAGAUCCGCGAGUAAUAGCUAUAUGUGAUAAGCCUCAGAAAUUAAUGUUUUUUACGAUAACUUUCCGGCCAUUUACACCGCAGCCAGGUGGUUUAGAGUUCCUACCUGGAAAUGACUACUAUUUCAUUUCGACGUCAUCGAAGGACGAUUUGUACCGUCGCAUUGGCGGUCGUUGUUCCACAAAUAAUAUGAAAGUUGUGUUUAAAGUGUGCUGUGCAGCCGAAGAUAAGAACAAGACAACGGAAACAACGCUUCUGGGCAGUGUCCCAGCCGAAAGUGGCAAUGGCGUCGACAAUGCGGGGCUAAAUGUAGAUCAAAAUCUAAAUGCGAAUGCUAACCAUGGACAUGGUCAUAAUGGUGUCAAUACCAUUAGCACUAAUACUGGAUUCAUACCGGGUGGAUCAGCAGUUGGCAGCGGAAGCGGCGGCAGCGGAGGCGGUGUUCAACUAAAGCCCAUAAGCGGAAUGAUGGGCACGUCGAUCAACACGAACAUUGAUCAAUUCAAUCGCAUACCCAUUCAACCAAACGUAAUGGGCAACAAUAUUGGAGCAGCUGGAGGUGGUGCUAGCGGUAGCUCUGGUACUGGCGGCAUAAUGCUGUCACCUGGCCAUGGGAGCAUAAAUAUGCUGCCACCGGGUCGGGGCGGCGUUCAUAUGAACUAUCCCGGCCAUCAUCACAUACAGACUGGCAUUCGAAUUAAUAAUGUGCCAACGCAACCAAAUAAUCAGCAUCCGCACCACAAGGGCAAUAUGAAUGUGAAUAGCAAUGAUGAUCACCACAAUUAUGACAAGCAUCCCAAUGAGGUAGUCAAAAACGAAGAGCUCACCUACAACAGUGGAUCAGGGCAAGCAACUCGCAGCCAUAUCUGGAUUUGGACCUGGCUGGCAGGCGGAGCAGCCACCCAGGGUCUAACUUCUAUGCAUGCCUAUGGUAUUAAUUUAACACUCUUGCUGGCCAUCAUAGUAAUCACAUUUCAAUACCUGUUUUGGGCACCUGCCGCAUAUACGAUGCGUCGCCGCCCCGAACCUCUUGGCAUUAAUUACCGGUGAAUCGUUAUCAACGGCUCUCUCUCUCUCGCUGCAGCUGCUAGUUAAUUUAAGAAGACAUAACAUCUCACACACAACGUCCUUUGGUAGUACUAUGUAAACAUAUUUGCAUAAUUUUGUAUUUUCAAUAGGAUCGAUUCGAAUGGAGCCAAAUUAAAGCAAGCGAGGAAGUGAGUAGUUGAAAAGAAGGAGAAAGGUGAAAUAGAAUAAAUAAGUAAACAAAUGAAAUUUUCAAGCCCAUUAAAACAUAGUUUAUAGCGAUAUAGAUUAACUUUACGCAUAAGUCAAGAAAAAAUGGCAAUACGCCGAUUUAAGACGAUUACAGUUUGAAGAGAGUAUAAGUUUUAAUUGCCAUUGGCCUUAGAGCCAUAGGGCUCUGGUCUCGUUGCAGUUCGUAUUCCCAAAGUUUCCCAAAACCGAAUCAAUAUAAUCACUUAGCGCCUUGUUUAUUCUACCUUAUUGGAAUGAGUCAAAAAUAUGCAACUAAAUUCAGUAGGAAGCAAUGCACAUGCGAGCACCUCACAAACUAUUUUUGCAUAUGUCGAUAAAAUGUUAUGAAGUUUGCAAUUUAUUUGAGGUAUUAAAGACAACUUUGGCAUAUUUAUUUUGCUGUAAAUAUAAUUAUUUAUGUUGCUCCUUCAACAACUUCAUCUUCAGUUAAAAGUUAUUGUUUAACGUGGACCUAAAGAAGUUUUUGAAUUGAAAGUCAUUCAGAUCAUAAACACACGUUUAUCCACGCACUACUCCAUCAAUUAGCAUCUAAUCUUUGUGUGUAAUAGAUCCUCGAAUGUCGUAAUCAAACAAAUUUGACACUUCUAACUCAAAAGCAAACUCACAUUAUAUACACAUACUUCUCGUGCAGCAACUGCCUUGUACGGUGAAAGUUUUGACUGAAAAUUAACAAAAAAAAUUUAAAAAAAUAAAUAAAAAAUUAGCGUUUAUAUAAAACACGUGUAGGAAAAUAGAUACUAGGUCAGACUAAGCGAAUGCCAGAGACGAUAAUGUAAACGUACACGAAAGUAAAUGUUAAAUCGAA